UAUGUAUAUGUCAGUUUCAGGAAGGGGUUGUACUUGGAUAGCCCGUAGGAGCCUUAAAAAAAGAGGGAGAGGGAGCAAGAGAGGGGGUGGUGGAAAAGGAUCCGAGGAAAUAAAAGUGCAGUAAUAACCCAGUUGGAUCACACAGCAUCGGUGGCAGCCCCUUCUAGCCGAAGCCUUUGGGUUACUUUCGACGCGGCGGCGCGCCAGUUGCUCUGCACGGUCUCUCUUCCCACUCACGAGUCAGGGACUCACCGAGCUUGCUUGCCGAGGAGCUGCUCCGCUCAACUCCUACGGCCAGCCGGGAUUGGUUGGAUUCCCGAUCACGCUGAGCACAAGUUUUCCAACUUUGAAAAACUUUUCCUGCCCUUUCUUUUAUGUUGUUUUGCUAGGUCCUACAAUCUAGGAGGCUGGGGGAGAACUCUCAUUCUUUCUCGUACCUGGGAAAAUAGUAUAAGACUAAUCCUACAAACUUUCUACAGUCUCAAAAGGGCCCGCGGCAAGUCAGCCACACCAACAAAAGCCACCUAACCCCCACCGCCUUUCAGCUCCCCCGUGCGAAGGCAGCAAGCGGCACCUUCCACCGCCUGGAUUUUCCUUCUGAUUUUUCCUCCCCCUCAUCGGCGAGAAGACGUCGUCGCUUGGAAGGGCGAUUCCUUCCCGAAUCAUGCAGAAUUACAAGUACGACAAGGCGAUCGCUCCGGAGAGCAAAAACGGCGGCAGCCCUGCCUUGAACAACAACCCGACCAAAAGCACCAGCAAGAAAGCUUUACUGGUUUGCCUCGACCUCUUCUGCCUCUUCAUGGCUGGCCUGCCAUUUCUGAUCAUUGAAACAAGCACAAUCGCACCCUAUAAGCGGGGAUUUUACUGUAAUGAUGAAAGCAUCCGCUACCCUCUGAAAAGUAGAGAGACCGUCAGUGAUGCUGUCCUUUGUGCUGCAGGCAUUCUUAUAGCCAUACUUGCUAUCAUAAUAGGAGAGUUCUAUCGGAUCUGUUGCUUAAAGGAAACGUCCCACUCUUUCAUCCAGAACCCAUACGUGGCAGCUCUGUACAAGCAAGUGGGCUGUUUUGCCUUUGGUUGUGCCAUCAGCCAGUCUUUCACGGACAUCGCUAAAGUGUCUGUUGGACGUUUGAGGCCCAAUUUCAUUGCAGUGUGCCGGCCAAAUUUUACACAAAUCAACUGCUCUCAGGGUUACAUCGCAGAGUACGAGUGUCUUAAUGGUGAUGAAAGCAAAGUCCAGGAAGCCAGGAAAUCAUUCUUUUCUGGCCAUGCCUCCUUCUCCCUCUAUACGAUGCUUUAUUUGGUGCUUUACCUCCAAGCCAGGUUCACUUGGAGAGGAGCCCGUCUGCUGCGUCCCCUGCUGCAGUUUACACUGAUUAUGAUGGCUUUUUACACGGGACUUUCUCGUGUGUCUGACCACAAACAUCAUCCAUCAGACGUAUUGGCAGGUUUCGCACAAGGGGCCCUGGUGGCUUAUUGCAUAGUAUUUUAUGUCUCAGACCUCUUCAAGGAGAAAAGAAAGACUUCUCAGCCUCCACCUCCAAUCCGGAAGGAAAUACUUUCACCUGUGGAUAUCCUUGAUCGGAACAAUCAUCACAAUAUGGUGUAGACAUUUAACAAAUAUAUAUAUAUUUAUUUUUAUUUUGUUUUUGCAAAGUGACUGCUGACAGCAACUACCUGCUGCUCUCAAUCUCAUCAGACAGUAGAAUGUAGGGAGAGACUCUUGCCUGACCAAUAAGGUCUGACUCUGUGGCCUUUUUUACUCUCACAACAUUUGCAUAAAAUGGGUGUUGUUCAACUAAGUCAAAGGCAACAAUUAUGAAAUAAACAAAAACAUGAUGCAGGAAUUCUAAAUGUGCAAUUGGCUGAGUGUUCAUGUUGUAGUGAACGCUGAACUGUUCAUAGCUUAAUGAACACUAAAUGAUUUCUAGGAAACUGGCCAUCUGUGCUUUUUCUUCUCUUAUUUACUAUGGCAAUUUUCAUUUCCUGUUAAUUGAAAGUGGGGGGGAGAGAGAAAAACUCUUGCCAAUUAGAUGAUAGCACUAUCUAAAAGAAAUUAGCACUGAUUCAUGAUUUGUUUUUGAUUUUCUUUGUCUCCAUUCCAUACUGUGAUUUAUGUUUGGUUUGGGAGAUGUAUGCCCAGUAAAAUGUUAGGAGGGUACCUUUUCCCAUUACACAAAUCCUGGGAAACAAUACUUUAGUUCUAUACCCAAAUGGAACCCAGCCUAUUUCAUAGUAUCCCUGAUUGUAAGAGUCAUUCCAUAUUUGUUUUCAUUUAUCCCUCACUUUCUUUAUGGCAUCUUCUGUGUUCACAUUUCUUAUAAUCUCUAAUACCUUGGAGAGCAGGUUGGGAUACUCAAGAAGUAUGGGACCCACGCCUCUAAUACCUAAAGUCAACAGUACCAUAUGAAAUGUCCAGCCUGCAUAAACUAUGCUCAGUGGCCUAGUAAAAUUUUACCCUUGCUACCCUUGACUCAAAUAACAAAAGUAUUUUUUGAAUGGACACCUUCAUUUUGGAUUCACAAAUUAUUAUCUUGUUUGUGGUCAGUCUUGUUGAUAUACAUUGGCACUGUGAGCUCUGGGGUUGAGACUCAGAACAUGAAUCCUCCAGCUAUUGGGCGGACUGCUGGAUGGGACCGUCUUAGCCUGAUCCUUGGCCAAGUCCCUUUUGUGGUUUCCAUGGCUUUAAAAGGGACCAUUUUAAACCAUUCAUUAGAUACUAGGCUCAAGGCUGCUCUCUGCAACACCAAGGGCACGUGAAAAAAAGUAAACUAGAACACACUGAAUUCUAAGCUUUCAGAUGGAAUUCCAAGAGACAGUUCUUAAAAACUUUUAAAACCUGAACUGAGGAUGCUAACCCAGCAGACUGGCCUUUGCACAUCUUUGUCAUGCAAACUCUGUCCUAUCAUUUCAAUUCUAGCAAGCUAUGAUUUUUAUAAAUAUAUAUAUAAAUAUAUAUAAAUAUUAUAUAAAUAAUGUAUAAAACAUUAAAAAUUAACUAUGUAAAAUAUUAUUUCUGAAACAAUUUUAGAUAUAUCCACUAUGAUUAUAAACUGUGUUUUGACCUGUGUUAUUUACAUGUUGCUGCUUAAAAAAAGCAUUGACUUAAUUUUUUUUAUAGUCGACUAAAAUAUUGUAGUUCUGUGGUAGCAAUAUUUUAAUGAAAAUAACAACUAAAGACAAUUGUGUAAAAACCAUA